GAUAGAGGGCAUGGGGAAAGAAAAGAAACAAGGAGGGAACAGCUGCAGUAUGUGCUAACUCCCUGCCCCAGAAAAUCUGCUGGAGUCUGAAACAGCUCUCUGCCCUCCCACCCCACCCCCCACAGCAAUCAUCUUGCUUGGUUAACUGAGGCUUUCAUCAUUAAGCAAAUGCUGAAUUCAGUUGAGAUCAGCUGUUAAGCCAGGCUGCGAGGUUUGGGAAGAAAAGAAGUGGCAACUUAACAUCCAGCUCUGGAGGAAGAAAAAGUGUCAUCAGGGGCAGUCAUCUGGAGACCUGGCCAACGCCCCAGUCCCUCCCAACAAAGGCCUCCUCGGAGCACUAAGGAAGGCAGUCUGGCGAGGUGGCAGCGUGCAUGGUCAGGAUCCCAGCGAUGGCAAGCUGCCAGCUUGCACGGCCAGUGCUGCCCAGAACUGUGCUUUUGAGCCAGGGAGGUGGCAUGCUCUGGUGAAGGGGAACCCUGCCACCUCCAGACAUGGAGACCUCUUAUCUCUUCGGAGUGAUCCUCGCCGUCCUGGCCUCCCUUAUCAUCGCCACAAACGCACUGGUGGCCGUGGCUGUGCUGUUCUUGAUCCACAAGAAUAAUGGCAUCGUCAGUCUCUGCUUCACCUUGAACCUGGCGGUGGCUGACACCUUACUCGGUGUAGCCACCUCAGGGCUGGUGGCUGACCAGCUGGCCAGCCCAACUCGGCCCACCCAGAAGACCUUGUGCAGUCUUCGGAUGGCCUUCAUCACGGCCUCUGCGACCGCCUCUGUCCUCACCGUCAUGCUGAUCACCUUUGACAGGUACCUCGCCAUCAAGCAGCCCCUGCGCUACUCCCAGAUCAUGAGCGGGUGCGUGGCCGGGCUCUGUACUGCCAGCCUGUGGUCCGUAUCUUACCUCAUCGGCUUCCUCCCCUUCGUGGUCCCUGGCUUCCAGCAGACCACCUACCAGGGGCCCUGCACCUUCUUCGCUGUGUUCCACCCGCUGUACGUGCUCACCCUCUCCUGCGCAGGUUUCUUCCCGGCCCUGCUCCUCUUUGUCUUCUUCUACUGCGCUAUGUUCAAGGUGGCCUCCAUGCACAGCCAGCAGAUCCGGAAGAUGGAACAACAAGCGGGAGGCGUGGCCCGAGCCUACCGGCCCCCGCGUACUCCCAGCGAGUUCAAGGCCAUCCGCACGGUAGCGGUUCUUAUCGGCACCUUCACCCUGUCCUGGACCCCCUUCCUGAUCACCGGCAUUGUGCAGGCAGCCUGCCAGGAGUGCCACCUCUACCCAGUGCUGGAACGCUACCUGUGGCUGCUGGGGGUGGGCAACUCUCUGUUCAAUCCUCUGUUCUAUGCCUACUGGCAGAAGGAGGUGCGGCAGCAGGUCUACCAGAUGUUCCUGGGAGUGAAGAAAGGGCUUGCCUCGCUCCUACUCUUCCUCUCAGCCAAGGACGGUGGGACGGAGAGGCCCAGGGAAAGUUCCUGUCACAUCGCCACUAUCUCCCACCCACAACUUGAUGGCUAAUAUGCCACUGGCCACACUGAACAGAGAGCAGUGAAGACAACAGGUACAAGAGCUACAGGACACUCAGGAAGCAACAGGAAGCAGAGCGUCAAUAGCCGGACAAUGAGAGCAGCAAUGGACCCGACACAAGAUGACAACCCACUUGUAUUUUAUGCCUCCUUCAGUUCCUUACAUGCCAUCCUUCAAACUGAGAACUGGUCUAGAAUCUUUUAACUAACAAACCUUCAUUUGUUACAUCUGCUGUUCUGGAAACUCACUGGUGAGAGUGACAAGAGUCAUUUGCUGUCCAUUCAUCUGUUCAUCCAUCUGUUUACCUGUCCCGCAAUAUUUAUUGAUAUCUAGGUGCUAAAAUUGCCCCCAGAUUGCUGGGGCUUCUUUUAAAGGUAUACAUUAUUGUAUAAGUGUUUAUUAGUCAUUACUGAUUAUAAUAACAUUUUUGUCUAUUUUAAAGAUAGAAAAAAAAUCAUAGUAACUCAUAAUUGUACCAUCCAGAGAUGAUAACUGUUAACUUCAUCUAGUGCAUAUUUCCUAUGUUAUUAAGCUUUCUUGAAAAACAGAAGUUUUUUUUAAUUUAGUGUAUGUUGCAUAUUCUUCAACAUGUGAAUGUAUAAUCUUUUAACUGUUUUCCAUAGUUGUACAGGUUAUAGUAUCACUAUAAAUAUGCUUGUGUAAAGAUCUUUGACACACCUCUGGUUUCAUUCCUUGCCAUACAUUCUCCAGAGCAGUAUUACUAGGUCAUGAAGAAUUUAAAUAGGAAAAGUUUGAUCCAGUGGCCUGGAAAAUAGCUCAGCACAUGAGACACAGGACUUGCAUGCCUGAGGCUCCUGGUUCAAACCUCAACAUGUGUGCCAGAAUGGUGUGAUGUCCC